UUCAAAUUUGCUGCAAGGGAACAUUUUCUCUGGCGAGGAAAAUCCAACUCCGGGUAGCAUGCCAUCCCACACCAUCACCAGCGGCAUAGACAUUGACAACAACAUCAACAGUGACUUCAUGAAUCGUGGGCUCAUUCCACCAGGAAAUGAGGGGCAUGAUAUGAACUCACAAGGGAAGGACUUGACUUGCCAGUCAAAUUUCAACCCUACUUUGGAUACUCGUGAUUCUGGGCUCACCUCCCUACCCGGGACUGAGGUGCAGGACACAUCCAACUUUCAACAUCAGCACCCUACAACAGGGAGAGACUUCAUACAGUCUAAUAGUCUGAAUUCAAUAGGAUUCAGAGCAACAAACACUUUACCAUCUAAGAGGUUUUCAAAAUCUCAACAACAACAACACUCCGAACUGCGGACCUAUCAAAAUCAACAACCAGGGCUAGCCUCAAGUAUAUCGCCAGAUAUGGUCCAAGAUAUUAUCAAAGGACUGACUCCAACUCUUGAAUUGCUCGUAGCAAACAAACAACUUGACGUUGAACUUCUAGGUGAAACAACCAACAGAAGCAGGUCCGCUAAAAGAAGGGAGGUACAAAGAGCGAAAAAGCGAACUGUUUCGCCGUCUAGUCUACAGUAUGUUUCCCCGGACCGGGCAUCUAGCCCCAAACGGGCAAGAAGUGAUCAUCCCUACAGCGAAGUGGACUCGCCCGUGACCUCUCCUGCGCACAUGCGCCGUGACAGCAAUAACCCGGAAGACUCGGAUUCUUCCAAUUCCGACAACGAUCAUGACUUAAUUUGUUGGAAGAACUGUGUUAAACUAAUUAAAAAUGCCUUUCCGAGUCAUUUUAAAACAACUACAGACUAUAACACAGAAACACAAACGGAAAAUAGACCGCUAGGACUUCAAACUUUGGGUAAGAAAUCUACUUCUUCAGACACAACAAAAGGCUUACCGAUCGGGCCUUCAGUGCUACAGAAUUUCGCCAACAUUAACCAGGAAUUAGCCAACAAGAAAAACAUGAAUGACACUAACUUCCUGUUAAGACCAAAACGAUCGUUCACGUCCCUCAAAGAAGAUGAACACUUCUAUAAAAAAUCCAUUUUGAAUGGGACAACUAAGGAACUUGUUCCACAUUCCAUGAAACUAUCAGAUUUGGCUUCAACUUCUUACCAGCUUCCAGCCAAAC